CCUCCGUCCGCACCUGCCUGUGUGUCGCUUGACAAGUGUGUUUAUUUCAUUUCCUGGGUAAUGAAGAAACAUGCUGGGCCUCUGGCAAGGCGGGGCUCAGGAUGCAGUCGAAGACGUGCAGCAGCGCUCAGCGCUCGCAAUCGAGGCCAGCGAUGAAGACGAGGUGCAGGAGGCGUUGAAUGUGGAGGCGGAGGCGGCACGUAGGAGGGCGGAGGCAGAGGAGGCGGAGGCCGCACGAAGGAGGGCGUCGGCAGAGGAGGCCGCCCGCAGAAGGCAGAGCAGUGAGGCGGCCGAGGCCAGGAGGCGACAGGAGGCCGAGGAAGCCGAGGAGGCGGGCAGACGGAGGCGGGUCCAAGAGGAGGAGGCGGCGAGGCUGGAGAGGGAGAGACAGGCGGCUGCUGCGGAGACACCCAAAGCUCUGGAGCCGUGCGGGCCGUGCGCCAUCGGCGCCACGUACCGGGACUCGACCAACUCGACGGACGGGGAGUGGGUCCGGUCGGCCCGCACAAGCGCCGCCAAGGCUGACAUGCACGCCCACCGCGCCGACGAGGCCAGGCGGAGGGCAUCAGAGGCCUCGUCCGCAGCGCUUCGCCGCCUGUCCGAGGCCUCGGCGGAGCGCGACUCGGUCCAGGAGGACGCCAAGAGGGCCGAGGACCAGGCAGAGCUCGCCCGCCGCGAGGCCAAGCUGGCGGGCGAGGAGUCCUCGCGGGCCACGGAGGCUGCGAGACAGGCCACCGAUCAGACGCGCGACGCUGCGGAGCAGGCCAUGGCGCGGGCGCUGGGGUCAGCCAUGUCUGCGAUGCAGAGCGCCAAGGACGCCAGCAAGGAGGCCGAGCAGGCGCGGGACGCUGCCCGCGUGCUGCAGCUGUCGCGCGGGGGAGGGUCGCUGGCCUGCCAGGCGGCCUCCACGGCCAUCAGGGCGGCCGAGUCGGGGCGCCAGGCCGAGAAGGACGCGGAAAUGGCCCAGGGCGCCGCGCAGCAGGCGCACGCAGCCGCGCAGAGCGCCGAGGACGCGGUGUGCCUCGCGCGGCCCGGGUCCGAGACCUCGUCCGUCUCCAGCGCGGCACAGCGCGCAAGGCGGUCGGCGGACGCGUCCCGGCAAGCAGCUGACGACGCCCUGAAAGCGCUACGCGACGCGGAGCGCCUCCGUGCCGAGCUGCGCGCGGAGGCGACGCCCCCACCUGCGAGCCGCCUGUCGAAGGCGAGCGUGGAGCGCGCCCAGGGCGCCGUCAAGCGUGCGUCUCAGGCCGCCGAGAGCGCCGCGAGGGAUGCCAACACCGCCCAGGAGCUCGAGCGAGCCGUGUGCCUACCGCGACGUUCGUCCGCGGCGGCGCAGGAGGCCGCGGCCGCCGCGGCGGAGGCGGUCGUGGCCAAGCAGGCCGCGGCACAGGACCAGGCGCGGGUCGACGCGGCGCGGCGCAGGAUCCUGGAGCUGCGGCGGGGCGUGGCGGGCUCGUGUCUGUACGACGGGCGAGGCGCCAACGCGGAGAGCGUCGACCGGGUGGUGAAGGCUGCCGCCGAAGCCCUGAGCAGGUCCGACGAAGCCGAGUCUGCCGCUCAAGACGCAGCGCUCCAGGCCCAGGUCGCUGAGGCUGCCCGCGAUAGGGCCGUCGCCGCGGCCAAGGCGGACCCCCAAGGCGGCGAGGCCGCGGCGAGGCACUCCACGGCCUCGGCCCGGGCAGCGCGACAGAUCGCUCGGGCGGCUCAGGCUUCGGCGCAGGAGGCAGCGAACGCCGCCAGAGAGGUCCAAGACGCUGCCGUUGUCAUGUGUCUCCCGGAUGGCGGCGGCGAGGGCCAGCACUCGCCUAAACAGGCCUCGGACGCUACCUCGUCGACGACGAGGGAGGAGUAGGAAGUCGUGCGAGCGCUACAGGGAGGAGAAACGUUCCUUGAUAUCGCUCGAAUCCCUGUUCCCUGUUCUUGUUAGGUUGGGGAAAAGAUCGUUAAAGAAGGGACGCAGCGUUGAAAAUCUGUUCCUGGUCAUCUCGACAACAACCCACAUUCGCGAAGGCGAAGAGAAACCACUGGAAACCACUGUCACGAAAGGGGAAAUUGAAAUCUGUACACAAAUCUUCUUCAACUCUAAUAAGGGCUUACGACUCAGUAAUUCCUGUACCAGGUGGUUGAUUAAC